CCGUACUCUUGCAGAGAGCCGAUCGAGGGCUGGAGGCAAACCGACAGCCGGUCUUCUCGGGGCUGCUUUCGCGGCUUUGCCCUCCAUCCACCAAGCUGCUGUUGCAGCUCGACCGAGAAUACCCUGUCGACCAGGCCCAGGAUGCCUUUUGUUCACGAUGCGAUCGAGCUGAUUGGGUCAGCGGCUACGCAUCCCGUUAUGAGCCCGCUCUUCUGGCUCGCAGCCGUCUGGCUGCUUGCUCCGUUUGCCACGGCGUUGCUCGCUGUCGUCGGCUGCUGCUUUGGUCUGCUCUAUUCUGGCCUUGGCCUCUGGCGACGACUGCACCAGGGCGCCCCGAUCAACUGGAACGAAGAGAUUGUCCUGAUCGUAGGAGGCAAUAGCGGGAUUGGUCGCUCGCUGCUGCAAUCACUCAAAACUCUUUCGCCUCGGUCCAUCGUCGUUAUCGAUAUCGAUCUGAGCACCAUUCUCCCCGAGCACCAAGGUCUGCGAUGCUCCAUAGGCUAUCGUUGCGCACCAUCGUUGUGGGUUCAUUUCAGUCGCUGCUGACUCUGGCCGAUCGAUCCAUUGCGGUACAGGCGCUGUGGAAAACGGCCGUCUGAAGCUGUACCAGUGCGAUGUCUCAACCU